UAAUAAUAAUAAUAAAAAUUAAAUAGAAAUUGGGGUGUGGGGAAGAAUCAAGAAAGAGACCUGAGAAGAAUGAAGAGCUGUUGAGGACAAGUAGAAGGAAGGUGUUAUAACAGUAUAAUAUAUAAUUAUAUAUACAUGUGUAAUUUGUAAUUUGUAAUUAAAUAUCGUAAACAACGACUACCCCGUGAUAGUCGGUAUUCAUAGUAAUUUUUUAUUAUUUGUUUUCUUUCUUUGUAACCUUUUAAAGCAAAACAAAUAAAGGUCCGGCCUUUAGUUUAGACGUGGUUUCUUUCUGGUUGUUGUGUGGUCUUCUUUCUGUGAAGUUUUUUUGCUUUGAAAAUGGUGAUAGAGAACAGAUCUGAUUCUGAUGGGGUAAGGCUUGAAGAGGAGCCUAAAAUUUCCCAUGUAGAGCUGAAGAAGGGAGAGGAAGAAAAAGAGCUGGACAGGAAUGAUGACUCCAAAUCAAUUUUCCAGCCUUUGUCUGAAUCCAGAUCUGAAACAAUGCCAAAAUCUGCUUCAAACACUGCACCUGCGGCUCAGCUUACCAUCUUUUAUGGUGGGUGCGUCAAGAUCUUUGAUGGAAUUCCUGAAGAAAAGGUCAAUGAAAUUAUACGUAUGGCUGCUGCCACUGCUGCUGCCAUUAAGUCCAGCAAUAUGAAUAAUAUGGAGGCUGAUAAUGCCUCUAGUUCACCAGUUCCUCCGAGGUCUCCUGCAAUUCAAAAUGCGGCUGCAGUGGGUUCUCUUCUUGCCCAGCUUUGCCCUGCUCAGAAGAGUUCCCUUAACAAACUGCAAGCUGAAUUUCCAAUUGCAAGAAGGCACUCCCUUCAGAGUUUCUUGGAGAAGCGCCGGAACAGGCUGGUAAGCAAGAGCCCAUAUCCUUCUUCACCAAUGAUGAAGGUAGAAAAUGACUCAGUUGUCUGACCUUGUCCUGCAGUGAUGAUUUCAUCACUUUCGACAAGGUUUUUAUGGUUCCAGGAGGAAUAUUAACCUAUUGUUUUUUUUACCUUUGAAUAAACUAUGUAUGAAUUUAUUGUGAAAUCUUCACUUGCUUAUGGAGAAGUGUAGUCUUGUAAAAAAAAACUUAUGUCUGACUGUACUAAAGUGAACUUAGUAGUGAUGAUGUAUUUUGAUUUGUGUCUUACAAGGACUUAUAACCCAAAUGGUCUCUUAGUGUUGUAACUUGUAUCCUUAAUAGGCCUUGGGAAUUUGUUCAUGUAUUACAUUAUCUCCUUGAAUCAUCUGAACGAAUUGGUAUGUUUUUACUA